AUGGUGAAGUACUCGAGGGAUCCGUCCAACCCGACCAAGUCGGCCAAGGCCUGUGGCAAGGAUCUCAGGGUCCACUUCAAGAACACACGCGAGACAGCGUUUGCUCUUCGCAGGAUGCCUUUGGGCAAGGCUAAGAGGUACCUUGAGGAUGUUCUCGCUCACAAGCAAGCGAUUCCCUUCCGGAGAUACUGCAGAGGUGUGGGUCGUACCGCGCAAGUAAAGAACCACCAGCCAAAUGGGCAGGGUCGCUGGCCUGCAAAGUCGGCCCAGUUCGUGUUGGAUUUGCUGAAGAAUGCUGAGAGUAACGCUGAGGUUAAAGGCUUGGACGUCGACAACCUCUACAUUUCACACAUCCAGGUGAACCAAGCCCAAAAGCAGAGGCGCCGUACAUACCGUGCUCAUGGACGCAUCAAUCCUUACAUGUCCAACCCCUGCCACAUUGAGCUGAUCUUGUCAGAGAAGGAAGAGCCUGUGAAGAAGGAGGCUGACAACGUCGUCGCACCAAGGAAAGCUAUCUAA